UGGUCAUAGCAGCGAUUAUCUUCAUCACACAGCUCUGCUCUUUUUUUUCUUUGAUAUGCCCAGGCAGAAAGUUUUGUCCCUGUGAGGGUCGCAGUUGGAAAUGACCCAGGACUGGAAGGACUGGUUUCCCAUGAGGACCCUCACAAAGCUGCUGUGUCACAGAUUGUGACCACGCCUACAGGCCGCUGGUGUUUGACAGUGAAUGUGAGGUGGGCAAAGGCUUGCUGCUCAGGGGUGCAGCUGCUCGGAGAUGUCAACAUUGGGCAGAAACUUUUUGAUUAACUUUUCAGUGGAGGAUAUUUUUUCAAACCUUAAUUUAAUCAGAAGAGUGCCUCUAGGCCAACCUCUGCUGACCAUGCGGAGUCUGUGUGCAGUGGUCCUGGCGAUUGCCGCCGCCGCCCUCAGCUCGGCAGACUCGGACACGCACAGACUGAGGCAUGACUCCAACCUGGAGAUCUACAAGCGGCUGUUUGAGACCAAGAGGAAAGAUCAGCUCAACGCCCUCAAGAAUCUGGUAGAGCUGAAUGACAUCAACCAGCAGUACAAGAUCAUAGACAUCAUGCUCAAAGGACUCUUCAAGGUGUUGGAGGACUCCAGACAAAUCCUGGUUGCGGCCAACAUGCAGCCUGAUGACCCUUUCCCAAUGGACGACAAGAUCAAAGAAGCAUAUUCCCACGUGGUGGAGAACACAGCAUUUUUUGGUGAUGUGGCGCUGCGUUUCCCACGUAUUGUCCACCACUACUACGACCGGAACACCGACUGGGGCGGUCUGCUGCGCUGGGGGCUUAAUUUCUGUAACCAGACGGGGGUUUUCACAGGAGGAGCCCACCAACAUGUCCUCACACUAAUGUCACAGGAGUUGGGAAUAACAGAGAAAUCCCCAGACUUUACAAACCCGUACCGCACAGAGAGAGACGAUGUGCUCCACACUGCCGAGGCUUUCCAGAAGAUCCUGAGGGAGGAGGAGAAGAGGAGGAGGAAAGAAGAGAAGAGGAAAGAAAUCAGGAAAGGCCCUCGCAUCUCCCGCUCCCGCACCGAGCUAUAGCGCCGCACCUCAGUGCUUGCGGAGAGCAGAGACGAAGAAGGAAGGAGCAUACGCACAGUCCACAAGGGGUGGCUUGACUUGUAGACUCCGACGACAGUGAAGGAAAUAAAAGCUGUCAUGACUUGUACAAAAGCCAGGUGCUCUGUUGAAAACAAGAGAGGGACCUUCAAGGUGACACAAAAAACUAAACUGGAAGUGGAGGUUGAGUCGCUGUGCAUCUACAGUGAUGUAUAAUUGGAAAAUCAAACGUUGUAUAGGAGGUAAAAGAGGUCUCUGGAGUAGGAGGUGAUAAGGGAAACUCAUUUUUGAUAACUUGAGGAUUACAUAACUGUACUUUGGAAUAUAAUUAAUUUUAGUAUAA